AUGUCAGUUCAGGCCAAGCCUUCUUACCCUAGGAGGACCAAAGGGAUUGGGCUAGGUAGGUCACCAUCCAGAGCACGUUCCCCUUACUCCCCUAUGUCCAGCCCCCCGCCCUCACCCCGUGGAUCAAUGAGGAGAAGGCCUAGUCCAGGCUGGACCUCUCUGGUGCCUUGUCUACAAAUCCGGGCCUUCGUGGAGCCACAUAUCGUCUACCAGACGGGACACUUACAACUCGGCCUGCAGCAGAACCUGCUCCCCAAUCUCGAAGGCUGGACCUCUCCGGUGCCUUGUCUACAAAUCCAGGCCUUCGUGGAGCCACAUAUCGUCUACCAGACGGGACACUUACAACUCGGCCUGCAGCAGAACCUGCUCCCCAAUCUCGAAGGCUGGACCUCUCCGGUGCCUUGUCUACAAAUCCAGGCCUUCGUGGAGCAACAUAUCGUCUACCAGAUGGGACACUUACAACUCGGCCUGCAGCAGAACCUGCUGCCCAACCUCGAAGGCUGGACCUCUCCGGCCCAUGGGCACGGGCCAGAUGGACACUGGGCACAGGGGACAGAUGGAGUAGACUUUGGGGAAGAUGUUGACAUGUGGGGGGCGGAGCGAGUCCUGCCUCACGGGACAGUGCAGAACCUCAAUAAGUGGUCCAUGUAUCGGGACGAGGAGCUACUGAACCCCAUGGGUGUGAUGGGACAAGUUGGCCAGUUUGAGGGACAUGACACAGGGGACUGGCUGCCUAGCAGAGAAGGGGAUCCAAAGGGGCAGUGGUACGAUAAGAUGUACUCCAUACGAAGCCUCCCCACCAUAGGCUACAGGGAGCAGAAGGAGGAGGACGGGGUAGAGGACAUGACACAGCUGGAGGAGCUACAUGAAGGGGCUGUGCUGCUGAACCUGAUGAUGAGAUUUGAUCGUGAGCUCAUAUACACAUACAUAGGCAGCAUCCUGGUGUCGGUGAACCCCUAUAAAAUGUACAAUAUCUACGGGACGGAUAUGGUGCUGCAGUACAAGGGCCAUGCCCUGGGAGAGAACCCUCCGCAUCUGUUUGCCAUAGUAAACGCUUCCUACACCAAAAUGAUGGAUGCCAAACACAACCAGGUCAUUAUAAUCAGUGGGGAGAGUGGCUCUGGGAAGACUGAGGCCACCAAACUGGUCCUGCGCUACCUAGCGGCAAUACACCAUAAAAACAACAUUACGCAACAGAUUGAGAUUCUGGAGGCAGCUCCUCUCCUGGAAUCUUUCGGAAAUGCCAAAACCGUGAGGAAUGAUAAUUCAAGUCGCUUUGGGAAAUACAUAGAGGUCUUUCUCGAAGAGGGUGUGAUCAGUGGUGCCAUAACCUCCCAGUAUCUACUGGAGAAGUCCCGUAUAGUCUUCCAGGCCAAAGAUGAGAGGAACUACCACAUCUUCUAUGAGAUGCUGGCCGGACUCCCCUCCCAGCAGAGACAGGCCUUCUACCUGCAGGAGGCUGAGACUUACUAUUACCUCAACCAGGGAGGGGAUUGUGGGAUAACAGGAAAGAACGAGGCGGAGGACUUCCUGCGUCUGAUGGCUGCCAUGGAGAUCCUUCACUUCACGCCCGAAGACAAGGACACAAUCUUCAGGCUCCUUUCCUGCAUCCUGCACCUGGGAAACGUCUUCUUCCAGAGAUACGAGACAGAUGGUCAGGAGGUGGCGUCAGUGGUGAGCGCUCAGGAGAUCAGAGUUGUGGCAGAGCUGCUGCAGGUGUCACCGGAAGGACUCCAGAAAUCCAUCACAUUUAAAGUCACCGAGACAAUGAGAGAAAAGAUCUACACUCCUCUGAGUGUGGAGAGCGCUGUUGAUGCCAGAGAUGCUGUUGCCAAGAUACUGUACUCACUGCUCUUCCAUUGGCUGACCGAGAAAAUCAACGCCCAGGUGUACCCCCGCCAACACUCCCUCUCCAUCUCCAUCCUGGACAUCUACGGCUUUGAGGAUCUGGCCUUCAACAGCUUUGAGCAGCUUUGCAUCAAUUAUGCAAACGAGUACCUUCAGUUCUUCUUCAACAGGAUUGUGUUCAGGGAGGAACAGGAGGAGUACAGCAGGGAGCAGGUCCCCUGGCAGGACAUCCAGUUCAGCGACAACCAGCCCUGCAUCGACCUCAUCGCCGCAAAGCCUCAUGGGAUACUUCGUAUCCUGGACGACCAGAGCUGCUUCCCUCAGGCUACAGACCACACCUUUCUUCAGAAGUGUCAUUAUCACCAUGGCAACGACCCACAGUAUCUCAAGCCAAAGAUGCCCCACCCUGAGUUUACCAUCAAGCACUUUGCUGGCCGCGUCACCUAUCAGGUGCACAAGUUCCUGGACAAGAACUACGACCAGGUCCGUCAAGAUGUCCUGGACAUUUUCAUUCAGAGCAAGAACAAGAUGGUGUCCAGCCUCUUCCGGCGCCACUCGGAGGUGGCGGCGGAACAGAGGGGCGGCCAGGGCAGGAAGAGCAGCACGGUGACGCGGAGGUACCAGGCCUCCACUGUCAGCCACAAGUUCCAGACGUCCCUCCUGGAGCUCGUGGAGAAGAUGGAGAGGUGUGACCCGUUAUUUGUGCGCUGCAUCAAGCCAAACAACUUGAAGGAGCCCGGUGUGUUUGAGACCGAGCUGGUGAGCACUCAACUGCGGUACUCAGGGGUACUGGAGACCAUCCGGAUCCGCAAGGAGGGAUACCCUGUUAGAUUGCCCUUUGCUAUCUUCCUGUUCAGGUAUAAGUCCCUGGUGGCAUUGAAGGAUCCUCCACCCACAAGUGGAGAGAGCUGUGUGAUCAUGCUCAGUCAGCUGUGUCCCCUCACGGCAGGAUGCUUCCACGUCGGGGUCACUAAGCUGUUUCUGAAGGAGGACAUCUACCAGCUACUGGAGUGCAAGCUGGAGCGUGCACGUCAACUGGCCGCACUCACGCUGCAGCGCACCGCUCGCAUGUUCUUCGCCCGCCGCCGCUUCGUGCAGUUCAGAAUGAGGAUCAUCGGCUUACAGGCACAGUGCCGCGGGAACCUCACAAGGAAGCACUACGUGAAGAGGAGAGCUGCUCUUGUUCGAUUCCGAACGAUCGUCCGUCUGUACGUCAACCGCAAGAGAUUCAUCAGGAUAAAGCUGGGGUCGCGCAGGAAGAGAGAUGCGGAGAGGAGGGAAAGAGACAAGGUGCUGUAUAGGAGAGAAGUUGUCAACGUCACACACCUGGUGAUCUCCGCUGACCUAGCAGCCCUGCUUCAUACUGUAGCAGUUGGCAGGGAGUUACAUUCAGACUGCCUGGCUCUGCUCCAAGCUCCCCACAUCCGAGAGGACACUCAGCUGACGCUGCCCCUGGACAUCAACAACUACCCCUUCUACCGCUACGUCCAGGCUUACUUCAGGGAGCCCAAGUUUGGGAUGCUCACGGACCCAUUGGAGGCCUCUCUGACCCGCGUGGAUGAGGACCUUAAAGAGGCCGCACUGGAACUCUUCACCUUGGUUCUGAGGUUCAUGGGUGACCCGCACCUGAACGGCGCCCAGGAGAACAUGUUCGGGAGCUACAUCAUCGAAAGGGGACUGUCGUCGCCCGGGUUACGGGACGAAAUCCUAGCCCAGCUGGCCAACCAGGUGUGGCGCAACGUGAACGUGGAAAACGCAGAGAGGGGCUGGCUGCUGCUGCUGGGGUGUUUGUGUGCCUUCGCCCCCUCGCCCAAGAUGGAGAAGCACAUGUUAAAAUUUGUCUCUGACCACGCCCCCAUCGAAAGCCAGGCCCUGCUACAACACUGCCUCAUCCAAGCCAAUCAAAAGUCCCUUCUGAGCUCAGGCUCCAACCCAGAGACCGCCCGGACCUAUCCACUGUCUUUGCUAGAGUGGACGGCCAAUCGGAAGAAGGCCAGCAUGGUGCUGCAGGUGCACUGCUUUGAUGCUAUGUCCUUCCUUUGUCCAGUUAACUCGUGGACCAGUGGGGAGGAGCUAGCAGGGGUCAUCCUCCGCCACAGGGGCGUGACCGAGUGGUGGAAGGGGUACUCCAUCCUGAUGAAGGAGCAGGGCCAGUGGGUGGAGUUAGCAGGCCACGACUACGUGCUGGACCUUAUCUCGGACCUGGAGCUUCCCCCUGAAUUCCCAAAGCAGAAGAGCUACUUCAUCAUCAGCGCCGAGGGUCCCAACAGGGUCAGGGCCAAUGCCAGCCUUACUCUGUUUGGCAGUGGGUUUGACUCAGAUGAGGAGGUGCCCUCCUCCUUCCCUCUCAACACCAAUAGACCAGCCUACAGUCUGCCAGACUCGGACGGAUACCACAGCCACGUGGAGUCCGACGCGUUCAGCGAGGGGCAGGCCCAGCGGGACCGAGGCAUGGACCGCUACCUGGACAGCCUGUUUGACCCGGUGCUUUCAGACAGCAGCCAGGACAUGGAGAGGGCGGCCAGCCUGACAGCCAGGAUGAAGGGAGGGGGAGGUGUGGGGGUCCCAGCAGACGAAGGAGUUGUGCCCCGGAGCCGACCCUAUCCCCCGGGAAUACACCCUGGAGCUGUGCCAGUGCUGCCGGUCGCAGGGGGAAUGAUGCCUCCCGUCCCGGAUGCCCAUACCCUCCCACCACCACCACCACGAACAACACCAGCAGCAGCAGCAGCAGCAGCAGCAGCUAGAGCAACCCCCUCCACCGGAGUACCACCAGUACAACCAGCCCCCAGUACAGCAGUACCCCUCCUCCCUCCCAUGCAGGGGGCUCUCCCCGGGAUGCCUCCCCUGCCGGUGAUGCCGGGACCUGACCAGCACUUAGUGGCUCAGCAGCAGCAGGCCCUGAUAAACCAGCAGGCCAUCAUACUGGCCCAACAGAUGACCAUGCAGGCCAUGGCCCUCCAGCAGCAAAUGAUGUCCAACUAUACCCCGGUACCCAGGUCCCCCCCGACACACUCUCCAGCACACUCCCGCACACCCAGCCCUGUCAAAGAGGGCAAAGACUCACCGACAAAGACUCCGCAAAGAAAAAUCAGUCCGACGACGGCCCCCCCUCCGGAGGCCGUGGUGAAGGCCAGUGUGAACAACACGGAGCGCCUGGACCCCAGCCACGACAUCAAGGACAUCGUCAAACAGCACCAGCCCCCCGCCACCCCGGCCCCCACCCAGACACCUGGCUCACAGAGAAAAGGCGAUGGGAAGGCGUUUGAGAAGAAAUCAGACCCCCACGAUGAAGCGAUGGAGAUCCUCAAAGAUCAGAUGGCCAACCCACCAGCUCAAACACCAAAGAAACCGGCCCCGCCCAAAGAAGGGGGAGGAGCUAAAGCCAACAAAACAAUCAGACGCCGACCAAUGACCACGCCUUCCACCACCGGCCCCCCCCCUCCCACAGUCUCUAGAAAGCUGCCAAUGGAAGAGGAGAUCAUUCAGACUCAGCUGCACAGCAGGAGCAGCGAGGAGCACUACACCUACACUAAUGUACCCUGGAAACUAUACCUGAGGAAGGAGGUGUUCUACCCUAAGGAGAGCUUCAACAACCCCCUCAUCCUGGAGCUCCUCUUCAGACAGAUUGUUCAUGAUACUUUCUCCGAGGCCUGCAUCCGCAUCAACCAGGAGGAGAGACAGAAGAUGAAAGAUUUCUUCGCUGAGAAAAAUGUGGACCAGGCUGUGGGAACGCAGGACGAAGAGGUGAAGAAGAAAGCCAUCACUAUGGCCAAGGACUCCUGGGAUAUCUACUUCUCCCGCCUCUUCCCCGCAUCGGGCAGUGUGGGGACUGGGGUACAGGUGUUGUCGGUGUCCCAUCGAGGCAUCAAACUGCUGAAGAUGGUGCGGAGUGGCAGCGACGGUCCAGACUACUUCAGAAUACUGAGACCUUACAGCUACUCGGACAUCCUGUUUGUGUCAAUCCCCUCUAAGAACAUGCUGGAGAUCAACCUGACCAACGAGAAGCUGAUUCUAUUCUCGGCCAGGGCCCCGCAGAUCAAACACAUGACGGAUUACUUCCUGACCGAGCUUAAGAAGGACUCUGAGUAUGUAGUGGGGGUGAGGAACUUUAUCACAGAGGACAGAUCUCUGCUCAGCUUCCACAAAGGUGACAUCAUCAGGCUGCAGCACAUGGACGGCCUGGGUCCUGGUAAGUGUUACGGCUGCAUAGUGAGGAAGAAGGUGCUGCUGCUGGAGGAACUGAAGAGAGACACACCAGAGUUUGGCUGGCGUUUCGGGGCGGUGUAUGGCAGGUCAGGGGUCUUGCCCAGGGAGUUUGUGCGCCCGGUGGCUGCCCCCGACUUCCUGGUCCUUCCCCCAGAGCGGGCGGAGCCUCGCGACCGCCAGGGACGGGUGGCCGCCUCCGCCGCCAUCGCCAUGGCGAUGGGCUCAGCGGUCGCCGGCCACGAGCUCGACCGCUCCACAGAGAUGGUGAGUGAGACGUAUGGUGACGCUGUGAACGAGGACCUUGACGAGAUGGCCGUCCAGAGCGGACAGUACUACCUGAGUGAGUUCGCCAGGAAGUACUUCAGAGAAGCACAGAAGAACAGGAGGGAUCAGAAGAACAAGAAGGGAAAGGAGGGCAGAGACCCCGUUGACAUGGUGAAAUUCAACAAGUCUCCCCUCCAGGAGUCCCUGAUCGACUUCUCAGACAGAGGACUGAACAGGGUGGCAACCGACAUCUUUAUAGCCAUAAUGCGGUUCAUGGGAGACCACCCGAUCAAAGCUCUGACCGAACAAGAAUUAGUAGCCACUAUGCUCAAGCUGAGUGGGGACCAUGGUCUGAUGAAGGACGAGGCGUACUGCCAGUUGAUGAAGCAGGUCACCACCAACACUAGCAUUAAAGCAGACAGCUGUCAGAGGGGCUGGAGGUUGAUGUACAUCUUGACAGCGUUCCACCGCUGCUCUGACGUUCUGAAGCCCUACCUCCUCAAGUUCCUUCAGGACGCAUGCACCGGACCGGGGGUCCAGUUCCAAGGUAUCGCCAGUGCCUGUGAGCAGAAUUUAAGGAGGACUUUCCAAUAUGGCGGCCGCAUUGAGUUCCCCAACAGCAUGGAAUUAAAAGCCAUGCUGGCUGGGCGGAGCUCCAAGAGACAACUGUUCCUGCUGCCAGGGGGGAUCGAGAGGCACCUGAAAGUCAAGACUUGCUCUGUGGCUCUGGACGCUAUUGAAGAGCUCUGCUUUGAGAUGAGUCUACACAGGCCGGAGGCCAUUGAGGAGUACGCCAUAUUUGUAGUAACGCACAGAGGUCAGAACGUACGUCCGCUCCACAAGCGUGAGUACAUCCUGGACAUCGCCACCGAGGCCGAGCCGGUGGACGCCAACUACAGCCUGUGGUUCAGGAGGGUCAUCUGGGGCAUGGCUCUCAAGCUGGACAACGAGCUCUACGUCACCAUGCACUACAACCAGGUGCUGCCAGACUUCCUGAAGACCCUGAUGAGUGUGGUUCCCCAGGGGCAGGCCAGUGACCAGCAGCUGCAGCAGGUCUCCAGGCUGGCCGCGCUGCAGCACCGUGCCAAGGACACCGUCUACCUGCCCACUCUCCGUGAGGUACAGGAGUGUGUCCCCUCCCUGUUCUACAGUAAGCAGGGCUCCCAGCAUUGGCUGAACAUGAUCACCCAGCACAUGCAGCAGGUGCAGCCCCUCACCCCGCACCAGGCCCGCGCUCAGUUCUUAGGCCUCGUCAGUGCCUUCCCCAUGUUUGGCUCCGCCUUCUUCUACAUCCAGAGUUCUAGCUCCGCCUCCUUCCAAGCCCCUUGCAUCCUGGCUGUCAAUCAGGACGGACUGCACUUCCUCAACAAGGACACCCACGAAGCCAUGGUGAGGUUCCCCCUGAAGGAGGUGCAGUCCACACGCACCCAGCGGCCCACUGCAGGCUCCAGCUACCCCUAUGUGGACAUCAUGAUAGGAGACCUGCUCAGCCAGCGCAUCACACAGCUACAGCUGGAGCAGGGUCUAGAGCUUUGUCGAGUCAUCGCCAUGCACAUGGAGAACAUGCUGUCACUCAGAGAAAAGAGACUCACUCUUCCACCCAGUGAAAUCACCAUGCUAUAA